AACAUGAGCAGGCACGCUAAAUUCUAUUUACCUUACAUUGGAGACCCGUCCUUUGCUUACCCUUUCCUGCGUUUCCUACUACAUAUCAUUCCAGGAGAAGAGGAGAACAUAAGGGAAAAGACCACCAAAGCCUAGCCAGCCACGACUCCAACAAAUUAUCUGGGUCGAUGUCCGAAGCGGUGAGGGGACGACAACGAGUAUUCCAUGUGACCAAUAGAGGCUCCGACAGCGAGUCGAGCGACGAGGAGACAACCAUACAAAAUUCAGCUCACCCACUUCCAUUAUUGCUCAAGACGAAUCCUUCUCCUCCGUCUCCUUUGACGACGAAUAUUCCCAUACGCGCUCCAAGAUACAAGCCAUCACAUCACUCUCUUUCCUCCCCCUCCAGUUUAAGCUCGCCGGCUGCUGAAGAAACUCCACCGCCUUCAACUCCUGGCGUUUCUGGACCUUCAAUCGAUCUCACCGCCGAAGAUCCAGCCAUUGCAUCGUCGGCUUCGCUCUAUGACCCACCUCAGCAUCGUUCCCAGAAGUUCCACUUCAAAUCGCCUUUUCACCAUAACCCCAAGCCCAACAAACCAGGGCCAAAACGGCCCGCAACCUCACCGACUGUCUCUAUACCGGAUGAACGUAUCCUCAUUCUCGUUACGGCUGAUUCUGAGAGAUAUGUCAAUGUGGAAAUUACUGGGGCCAGAAAUCCAGCUUUCAUCAGGGAAUGUGUGUUCACAAAGCUCAACAUUUACGAUGAAGAAGACCAAGCUAGAUUUUCCAUUUAUCAGACCGAGAUUGGUGCUUAUGCCACCAGUGAAGCGCUUACAGACGAGAGACUGUUCGAACUCUGCCGAAAGCUGGGGGAUGCGAAAGGAAGUCUAAAACUGUUGGUGUCACAUUCCUCUGCCACAGUUCACGAGCAGCCGCUGCAGCCUGUGAGACCGUUGCCUCCAGUGUCGCCUCCCAGUGUUGUGACUAUUCCACCCCCGGUACUCCCACAGACACAGAGUCUGCAACCGCUGAAGCCAAAGCGUCAUUCUGGCUCCCGUCAUGAAGGCAGUAUCUCCUCAGCCAGCGAGCAAAUUCCCACGGAUUCGCCUGGCUACGAUGCAGAUUUAGAUAAUGCAGAUCGUGAUAACAGGUCUACGAUGCGCCCUCCUACUCAGCAAAUGCUGAAUACCAUUGCAAAUGCAGUUCCGCCAUCUCCUAUCACUUCUCGUCGAUCGGGAGCCCCCUUGCCGUCAAGACCGACUUCGCCUCCUCCUCCUCCUACUCCUCCACCUAUAAUUGACCGGUAUGGAAAUGUGUUGCCUACCCCUCCGCCUCCUCCUCCUUUAUCUCCAAAUAGAGCCACUUUCCCUAUCAAUGACGACAAUUCUCUCACUCCUCCUGCUCGCCAUCACAUUAGGUCCGGGUCGGAUGCUGCCAGUGAAAGGGAGCGUAUGCUUCAGCAUGGCCAACAUCAUCACAGUGCAAAGCAGGAAUUCUCUUUAGGUCUAGGCGAACGUCGGAGACAAAGGUUCGAAUUUGAUGAUCGUUCCUCCAAUCCUGAAUCAUGGGUUUUCAUCCAAAAAGGUGAAUCGAUUGAGCCGGAAACACAAGCCCAUCCACCUAGCUCUCCAGCUCCCUCUCAGGAACAGGCAAGGCAGUCCCCUUCUAAGUCUUCCAGAGCUAUGCGGAACCAUGUCUCUCCGACGCGGUACAAUCAGGCCAAUAAAGGUGGAUUCCGCAUACCAACUAUUCCACCGGCUCCCCGUGGUACACCUCCAGUACCUACCUCUUCUGGUGAUUCUCGCCUUCCGCAACCCGCCCGUACCGCCGGUCAACCCGUCCCGACUAGCUGGGCAGUAAAUUGGAAAGGGGAAACAAAAACUAGCGCCGAAGCGAAACCGCUUCCUUCAACAUCGUCUCAACGGCGUAAUUUGAAAUCUGCCCAAAGCGUGGAUAGUUUGCGAGCUGCUUUCCAGGGAGGCGGCAAUGUUGUCAAUCAUCCGCCCAACCUGAGACCAGGCAAGGGCGGUCAUAAUGCAACAUCGAGUUCUUCGAGAACAAACUCGAAUAUGACGUUCAUGUCUGGUCCUUACAAGGACGGUUCACCAAUACAUACCCUCUCGAGGCCUGUUAGGCCAUUACCUAUCUACGGCGGUGGUUCACAAGAUUUUCCUCCGUCCUCCUCCUCCGCGCACUCUCGCUCCUCCCCAUAUAUGAUAUCGCCGUCUUCUUCCAAUAUCUUGUCACCGGAAGAUCCGUUCCCUCGUCCACGGUCAGCAAUGGGUGACUCGGCUUUCCCAAAAAGACAGAUUCCAGCCCAGAGCCCUACUCGCGGAGUGGAAAGUGCCGCUUCCUCUAUGUGGCCUUAUCAUAGGCCAAUGUCUCCCACCAGUGGAUAUACAAGAUCUGCCGCCACAAAACGUUCCGAAAGUCAGACACGGACACAGACACCCCCACGAAGUCCAACUAGUCCGCAUAGCCCACGGUCGUUCUCGAAGAGAUUGUCUGAUGGGUUUGGUCCCUUCUCUUCGGAUACUGGCACGAUGAAUAGCAACGGGAGUGGUGAAAGCGACGCAACUCUAAGGAAAGACGACCAUCCUUGGCUGACCAACCUGUUCGAUGACAUAAACAGAAUUGGAAAUUCAUCAAACGGAGAGGCCACACUCAUGCCUCCCCCAAGACAACUUCCGGAUCCUUCUUCCGCUUCAUCGACUUCUACCACCUCGAUAUCCCCUCCAAGGUCGAUUCCUACUUCUGCGUCGUCCACUUUGUCUUCCUCCUCCCCCAUUGUAUCGAAAUCCAUAUCAGCAACAACGUCUACAUCGACAACUCCCGGCCAACCAUCUUCUCUCCCUUCGUUCCAUGCGUUCCCAAACGAAAAGUUCAAUUUGUCCGCAAUAGGUACAUACGAUGCGUCUUCCGCGACAAUUUUGUCGACAGGAACGUUCGACGACUCUGACUCCGAUGACUUGUGGAAUAAACCACUUGGACCAGUGCCUCCGGUCCCCCCUCUUCCAGCCGAUCUGCAGGAUUUGAAUGUGAUGUCAUCCUUCCCGUCGAAACGGCCCCCACUAACUGUGCAGAUCGAGAAUAUCGCAGGUGCUGUCAAACCAGUCUCAGUACCAAGUGCGCCUGGUUCAACGCCUGAUUCGAGCGGGCUUGCAGUUAAUGGACCUCCUCAAUCCUCCUCCACUGCUACACCCCAUCGGCAGCCGUCGAUUAAUGAUGCUACGAAAGAGUCAAGUACCAAAGGGGGAAAGAAGUCCAGGGAUGCAAGGCAAAGCACCUUCCUUGCUGCCUCAGAUUCUGAGGGAUGGUGGGCUCCACGUCCACCUCCUGAAGACAUGUACGAGAAACUCGAUCAGUACUUUCCUGAACAUGACCUGGAUAAACCAGUCAUCGAGGCCGCCUCCGGUGGCACUAGCCCUACCGCUACUACUACUGAUGUAGGACUUGGCCCAGGGGUGCCUCCUGUACCACCAAUACCUUCCGAAAAGGAUCUUCCUCAUUUUGUUCGAGAUGGCAGAGUACGAGACCGUGAACGGAUAUCUGGAGAAAGAGAACGCUCGCGCAUUCGAGCGAAAAAGUCAAUUCGUAUCGUGGCGCAGGAACACAAGAAAAAGAUUGAUCGAACAUCCAUAGCCAGCCAUUUUGCUCCUCAUAGCGACAUGGAUACGGCGAGCCAGAACUUCAAUCAUGCGGCUAAUAUGUCACGCAAGAGAAGCACGAAACUUUGGGGUAGCAAACUUGAAGAGGUCACUACUGAGAACGAACGAUACGGCAGGAGCAGCGCAGGCACACCAGAAUCACCUUCUGGAUCUGGGCCCACUACUUUCAAAUGGGUUCGGGGAGAGCUAAUCGGACGUGGCACUUAUGGACGAGUGUACCUUGCACUCAACGCAACGACGGGUGAGAUGAUGGCUGUGAAGCAAGUCGAGAUCCCACAAACGGCGUCGGAUAAGAAUGAUUCAAGGCAGGCUACAGUAGUCCAAGCGCUGAAAUCGGAGAGUGAAACUCUGAAAGACCUCGAUCAUCCCAAUAUCGUACAAUAUCUGGGUUUCGAGGAGACGCCUUCGAAUUUGAGCAUUUUCCUGGAGUAUGUUCCUGGUGGAUCCAUUGGAAGCGUACUGCUGAAGCAUGGCAAAUUCUGCGAGAACGUCACUAAAUCGUUCACCGGUCAAAUUUUGAGCGGUCUGGAGUAUCUUCACUCCAAGGGUAUAUUACAUCGAGAUCUCAAGGCGGAUAAUAUCCUAGUGGAGAUGAGCGGAAUCUGCAAGAUUUCCGAUUUUGGUAUCUCUAAGCGUACAGCUGAGCAGGCACUUGGGGGUGGGGCGGCCACCGCUAUGCAGGGCACUGUGUUUUGGAUGGCACCGGAGGUCAUCAACCCCCAAGGCAAGGUCUAUAAUUCCAAGAUCGAUAUUUGGAGUGUAGGUUGUGUUGUAUUGGAGAUGUGGGCUGGUAUGAGGCCCUGGAACGGGGAUGAAAUGGUUGCUGUCAUGUUCAAGCUGGCAUCCUCCAAACUUCCUCCUCCGGUACCAGAAGGCCUUAUAUUAUCUGAACUGGCUGAUGAUUUCAGACGAAAAUGCUUUGCCAUUAAUCCUGAUGAGCGUCCGAGUGCAACUGAGCUCAUGAAGCACAAGUAUUUGGAGCUACCGCCCGGAUGGACAUUUACUGGAUUUACAUAACCUAGGCUCUAGCUCUACGCUCGUAGUCGCAUUUACUUACAACCUUGAGCCUCACCAAUUUUGUCUUUUUCUUUUCUUGGUUGUUCCUUCGAGCUUCUUUUCUCGAACCUGUACUCUCUUUCUGCACUUUCAUUUUUUCUCUGCUGGUCGCAUUUCCAUAUCCAUAUGAUCUACGCACAUUUACACUCAUUCUCCUGUUCCUGUACACACAUUUCAUCACUAUCAUGACCUCUGUCGUAUCUCAGUAUCUGUACAUGUGCCGCAGGCACAACUUUCACAAUCAUCAGCUAUGUAUAUGUUGGCUGAUAAACUUGGACCAGGCAAGUUCCUGUUAAGGUAAUACGAUGAUGUCAUUAUAAUAGAC